AUGGCUUCGGCCGAGCAAUCCCCUGUGACCCUCCAACACCACAACCUCUGCAGCCGCGUCAUCCUCCUAGCCAGGAAGAUCCGCUCCGACGUGGCCAGCCUCCUGGAGUCCUAUGUGGAGAGGCAGGGGCUGGACAGGACCAUCAGCCUGGACUCGGUGGAUGGCGUGCCAGUUGCAGCCAUGGAGCAAGGGGGCGAGCUGACGAUGGCCGAGCAGUUGGGCGCCAACCUGCAGGCGUACCGGGCAUUCCAGGCGCUGCUGGGCGAGGUCCUGGAAGAGCAGAGGUCUCACCUGACCCCGCUGGACACGGACUUCCACGCCUCCAUCCAGGCCGUCCUGCUGCAGGUGGCGGCCCUGGCCUACCAGCUGGAGGAGUUGCUGGCGCUGCUGGGUCACAGCAGGCCAGCCUGGGAGGCAGCCGGCCCCGAGGACCCGGCCCGUCGCAGCUUGUUCGAGAUGAAGCUGCGGGGGCUGAAGGUGCUGCAGGAGCUGGCUCACUGGACUGUGCGGUCCGUGCGAGACCUGCGCCAGGUUGCCAAGCACAGCCGGGGCUCUGGCACUGCCCGUGGGGGCCAGGCCCAGAAGGAAUGA